AGAGAUUUAGGGAGCGAGAAUCGCGGGGUGGGAAAUCAGCAUUGUGGUCCCCAGAAGUUCUGGAAAUUGAGGGACGGUGGGGGAAACAUGAGUGACUCCAAGGAACCAAGGGCGCAGCCGCUGGGCCUCCUGGAAGAGGAAGAGCUGAUAACUAGCAGUAUGAAUUUUUUUCCAAGAGACUUUGGAUUCCGACAGACUCGAGGCUACAAGAGCUUAGCAGGGUGUCCGGGCCCCGCACCCCUGGUGCUGCCGCUCCUCUUCUUCACACUCUUCACUGGGCUGCUGGUGGCCAUCCUUGUCCAAGUCUCCAAGAACCCCAGCUCCCAGAGGCUGGAGCAGUCCAAGCAGGACGAGAUCUCCCAGGACCUGUCCCAGCUGAAGGCUGCUGUGGACCUUGAAGGCUGGGCAGAUACAGGAAUAUGGACGACCUCAUCUGAGCCCAGCCCUGACCGGCCUCCCGCAACAGAACGCCUGUGCCGCCCCUGUCCCUGGGAGUGGACAUUCUUCCAAGGAAACUGUUACUUCAUAUCGAACUCCCAGCGGAACUGGCAUGACUCCAUCACCGCCUGCCAGGAGGUGGGGGCCCAGCUCGUCGUAAUCAAAAGUGCUGAGGAGCAGAACUUCCUACAGCUGCAGUCUUCCAGAAGUAACCGCUUCGCCUGGAUGGGACUUUCAGAUCUAAAUCAGGAAGACACGUGGCAAUGGGUGGACGACUCACCUCUGUCAACCAGCUUCAAGCAAUAUUGGAACAGAGGAGAGCCCAACAAUAUCGGGGAGGAAGACUGUGCGGAAUUUAACGGCAAUGGCUGGAAUGACGACAAAUGCAGUGCUGCCAAAUUCUGGAUCUGCAAAAAGUCUGCAGCCUCCUGCUCCAGAGAUGAAGGGCAGCUUCUCUCCUCAGCCUCUGCAUCCCCGAUUGCCCAUGCGGCAUAGUGGAACUUCGCCACUUUUAAGCCAGGGUUCCUUCUCUCCAUCCUUGGACCUUCACAAAAUCUCUGGGACUGUUCUCUAUCAGAUUCUUUAUUUUUGUUUUGUUUUGUGAGACAGGGUCUCUGUCACCCAGGCUGGAAUGCAGUGGCAUGAUCACAGC